AUGAGCCUGCGCCGAUUUGCACAGGCCAAUAAUGCAGCAAAUACUCCAGGGACACCAAUCUCUUUGUCGCCCAGGCCCAAUGGUGCAGCUUAUACCCCAGUCACACCCCGCCCACGCGUGUCAUAUGUUCAAUCUCCAUCUUCCACACCUUCCAUAUCUUCCUCUACGCCAUUUGACUGGGAUGCUGCACGGUCAAGGAGACCCCCACCUUACGCUUCACCUCUUAGCGCAAAGCGCAAAUCUCGCAUGAGUACCGUCCCGGAUGGGCUCAGGCCACUGCCAAAGAAAGUUGUGAAAAAGAAAGGCAUAUUUGAAAAAAUCACAGCGUUACCUUCACAGAUCAUGUUCGAGAUCUCACUAUUUCCUCACAACGUACCCAUGCCAGCUCCGAAAACGACCGGAUGGCUCAUCGGGUCUAGCAUGCACCUGUUGCACCUUUGUCUGCGUGUGUCUCAGAUACGCGCCACGGCUGACUCGGACAUCGGCUGGGAAGACUUGUAUUGGGAACGUAGCCAGCAAAGCUGGUUUGACUGGACUGUUCCGAUGACAGGCGUUCUGUUGGUUGCCUCAACAUUGAAUGCAAUGCACCUUUUCACGCAAAGCAAAACGUAUCGCCUUCAUCGUCGAACCAAGGCAGACCCCGUUUCCUCGCCACACACCACGUUUGUAACCUCUCCCGCACGUGCCCGACCCCUUUCUUCGGACGAGCCUUCCGAAAUGGCCUCCUUCCAAACGCGCAUCCUACGUGUGAUAAAAGUCGUCAUCAUUUUCCUGUGGACAUGUUUCAUCUCCUUCUGGAAAUUUCUGCUUGGCAUUUCUACUCCCACGCCUUCAUCAUCUUCACCCGCCCGAGGUGCGCCUGCAGACCAAAUUCAACAGCUUGAGGUUUGGACUCCAGGAGAGCUUGAGCGCAUACUUCUUAGCGUAUAUUCCCCUGUCCAUGCUCUUAUAUGGAUGUCUACGGGUCCUACGAAUUGGAUGCUUAUGACUGCUGUGAUGGGUGCCGUGGGCGUGCAAACCAGCCUUCUCAUCCAGUCGUAUGAGGGUCUUGUGAAAGAUCGAGCUAUUCUUGCAGCUGAAGUCAUGCAUGAGUAUAACGAAGGAUUCGUGUAUCCGCGAAUGAAUGUUGUGAAGAAAGACGUUGCUGUCAUGACACAUCAAUCGGAGAUGAUAAACAUCUGGGAAGACUAG